AUGCGAAAUUCAGUCUUCACUGAUGCAUAUAAUGAGAUAUCAAAGGUACUUUUCCCAAGUUACGACUACUUACCUCAAUAUCUUAAAAUGCCUUUUCUGUAUAUGGGAGUCUUCCCUCCUGAUUAUGACAUCCCUCUUUCCAAGAUCAUGAAUAUGUUGGCUACUGAGGAUUGGUUUCAUAACACAAAAAAGAAACGAUCUUUGGAGGAUUCUGUGUGGCAAUGUUUGGACGAGCUUUGUAAGAAUAAGAAUCUUGUUUUAUUCAACCAAAGGAGCAUUUCUAGGACUACGUGGAUGAUUGUCAAUCACAAGUUUAAAACUUGUCGCCUUCAUUCUUCGUGGCGGCAUGUGUGUAGAGGAGAGGCUCGGAAGAACAAGUUUUAUCAUGUCCUAAAAAAGCUUGUCGAAGGCUUAGAAGAUGAUGUAAAAGGUCAGCGUUGCUUGUGUCUUGAAAAUAAUCUUUUAUUUGGCAUCAAAGAAUUUUGCAACUCUGUGAGAUUGAAUUGUGCAUCCUCUACACGUUCUCUCCUCUUUUUCGGUCCAUACCACCAAUAUCCAAUCCCAGUAGGUGAUGAUUUCAAGUUUCUUGGGAAAUUAGAUGCUCUUAAUCUACGUUUGUACACUUUUCCAAUAGAAAUUCUAACGUUAGUCCUGCUAAAGUACCUUGCUCUAACUUGCAAUGGAGAACUCCCUGCAACCAUAUCCAAACUUUUCAACCUUCGAGUCUUGAUUAUCCAUCCACAUAAUAGCAUUAGAAUUUGUGGAGUUCCAUCAUAUAUACCAAUACAAAUAUGGGAUAUGCAAGAGUUAGAGCAUAUUGAGAUAUUGGGGAAGAGCCUUAUAGCUCCAUCUCAUUCUGCUUCUUUGGAAAAGCUCUCAACACUUGAAGGUGUGAAUGCCAACAUUUAUACUAUCCUGGACCUUUCCAAAAAAGUUCCUUGCAUAAGGAAAUUAGGAGUUCAAAUCGAGCUAACGCCUUAUGAUGACCAUGACGACCUUAUCAGUUGCUUUGGUUGUGUUUCAACACUUAAAAGUUUGAAGAUAUUGAAAUGUAGUAUCAUAAAUCCUGUGGUGAAGUACGGUUAUGCAUUUCCUAGUUCAUUGUUAACUUUUCCAGGUGUAUUGAAAAAGUUACAUUUGAGUGGCAUGUGUUUUUCUUGGGAACACAUGGAUGUAAUCGGCUCUUUGCCAUUUCUUGAAGUGCUCAAAUUGCGAGCCUACGCCUUUCGGGGUCCAAAGUGGGAAGCGCGAGAGGGAAGUUUUAUGAAAGUUAAGUUUCUUCUAGUUAAAGACAGUGAUUUGGUGCAAUGGAAACCGAAAUUUGGAAGCUUCCCUGAUCUUGUGUGCCUAAGCAUGAAACAUUGCUACAAACUAGAAGAGAUCCAUUGGCCGUCUAAAAUUUCAUUCGGAGUGAUUGAAUUAAGAAACUGCAAUCCUGUAGCUUUGACUUGUGCUAAGCAGUUACAACUGGGAAGAUAUGCUUCCAUUGAUGUUACGGCCACUUCUUCUUUCGACGAGAAACCCAUUGCUAUCAAGUUUACAAGGUUAGUAUUGCAACUGCUGAUCAAUUUAUGA